AUGUCGCAGGACAAGCGGUUCCGUUAUUUCGGAUGUUUCCGUGGUGCCCCAUCUGGGGGCAAAGGUCAGUUUGGGAGGGGGCAGCCUAGCAGGCCCAUAUAUCCAGCACCACCGCCUCCUCGGCGUGCUCCAGUGCAACCUUAUUCCAGCGCCAUGCCAAAGAGCCAUCGGGUUCAGACUUCGGGUCAGCAGUCCACCGCUCCGAGAGGUUGUUACGAGUGCGGGGAUCCUGGCCACAUGAAGAGGUUUUGCCCCAGACUUCGGGGCAAGGUAGUACAUCAGGGUUCUCAGCCUAUAAUUACAGCACCAGUUGCCGCACCAGUCGUCCGGCCGCCUAGAGGCGGAGGGCAGGUGGGUAGCGGCCGCCCUAGAGGUGGAGUCCAAGUAGGUGGAGGCCAGUCAGGUGACACUCCAGCUAGAUUCUAG